CCUGGCGGUGCUACGCGCCACUUCCGGCCGUCUCGAGCCCUUUCCGCUGCUCUCAGCGGGUCAUCUUAGUGCUCCCGGGUCGUUCCUUGCCCGCGGCCGGGCCUCCUGGCGCCUCUUCCCGGGCUCCAGCGGCUCGUUCCCAUCCCACAGCCACCUGAGGCUCCGGGCGCUUCUGUUUUGCGGGCUCCGCGGGCCGAGGCCUGCCCCGCAGGUGAACCGGCGCAGAAGUGAGCGCGCGUCUCUGCGGAUCUCCGCGAGGCCGCCGCGGUCUCGGGAUGCCGCGGCCGGGGUCCGCGCCGCGCUGGGCGGCCGCCGCGGGCCGUUGGGGCCGCAGGCUGCUCGCGCUCCUGCUGCUGUUGCUGGCGCCAGGGCCUGGCGGCGCUUCGGAAAUCACGUUCGAGCUGCCGGAUAACGCCAGACAGUGCUUCUACGAGGACAUCGUUCAGGGUACCAAGUGCACCCUGGAGUUCCAGGUGAUUACUGGUGGUCACUAUGAUGUAGAUUGUCGCUUAGAAGAUCCUGAUGGUACAAUGUUAUACAAAGAGACGAAGAAACAGUAUGAUAGUUUUACCUUCACAGCUUCCAGAAAUGGGACAUACAAAUUUUGUUUCAGCAAUGAAUUUUCUACUUUCACACAUAAAACUGUGUAUUUUGAUUUUCAAGUUGGAGAAGACCCACCUUUGUUUCCUAGUGAAAACCGAGUCAGUGCUCUUACCCAGAUGGAAUCUGCCUGUGUGUCCAUUCAUGAAGCUCUGAAGUCUGUCAUUGACUAUCAGACUCAUUUCCGGUUGAGAGAAGCACAAGGCCGAAGCCGAGCAGAGGAUCUAAAUACAAGAGUGGCCUAUUGGUCAGUAGGAGAAGCCCUCAUCCUUCUGGUGGUUAGCAUAGGGCAGGUAUUUCUUCUGAAGAGCUUUUUCUCAGAUAAAAGAACCACCACAACUCGUGUCGGAUCAUAACUACGUUGUGAGAAGGGAUGCACCAUUACCACUGUAAUACUGUUGUCCUCUAAUUUUAGGUACUGAAGAACUUACAAUUGGCAACAUUUUAAAACCUUGCUCUUGUUGGGAGAGAUGUAUAAGUCGUAUCCCCAAACUAUGGAAAGGACACCUUUAUUUAUUUGUAAGGGUGGAAAAACUUUGGAACUUACUGUGGGCUGUUCAUGUUAAAUACCAAUGAUCUACUUUUUUCUUUGGUUGUUUAUAUCUACUCUUCACACACUAAACUUUGGUAUCUUGAUUCCUUUUAAUCAUUUAAAAGUAUUUUUCUUGUAGCUGGUAUUUUAAAAACCUUAGGUUUAAUGUCUACAUCUGUUAUGGAGGAAGAAAACUGCCUUUUAUUUGUGUAUAGUGAAUAAAGUUAUGUUUUUAAGGAAACCAAAUGUGAUUAACUGCAGCUCAAGCCCUAUUCUGCACUGCUUAAUUACAUGGGGGAGCAGGGUGGCACUUCUAUAGAAAUGUGAUUACUAUUGAUAUAAUUUCUAGUUGAUAGAUUGUCAUAUAAUUUAUAUCUUCCUUGCUUGGAAGAUGUUAGAUUUUUGGUUUGUUCUAUGAUUUAUAACAGUUGUUUUUCUACAAAGGCUGCCACAUAGAAAAUGGUUUGUAUCCAUAAUAGAGUUUAUAUAGACCUUAAAAAUCAGACUACUAUAGUAGGUAAAAUUAUUAAUUGGAGGGAGAUUAAUUAAAUGGGAAAACUUUUUAGUUUUCUGCACUCACUAUAUUUGUAGUGCUUUUACAAAGAAAAAAUGUUAAAUGUCAUUUCAGCAUUUUAAUUGGCCAGGUCUUGCUCUUAAUAUAGUUUCCUGUCUUCAGGUUGUUCCCAGUUUAAGUUGACAGUUCAAAUAUUAUAUCACAUAAGUGCCGUACAUUUUAUCCUCGUGGAUGCAAUGUGCUGAGAAGUUUUGGGGUUUUAUUCUUUUUCCUGUUUUUAUUUUUCUUUUACACAUUUUGUUAGCAACUCUAAAAUGAUUUAAAGAUUUAGAAUGCUAUGUGUGUUUACUAUUUGGUAAUUUUCAUUGAUUGUACCUCAUCUAAUGAGUAUUAGUACAUAUUUGUACAUUACAGGGUUUAGAUUGUGUUUGUAUCUUAUAACUUGUAUAGAUUGAGCUGAUUGAAAUAAGAUUUUGUGCAGGUGUUUCGGAAAGAAAUACAGGAUGAUACAAAAUUAUGUGGACAUUUAAGACUUCUGCUGUUUGGAAAACAAAAGUGCAACUGCUUUUCUGCUACCCUCCCUUUUUCACUCAGAGGUGAUGACUCCUGAACAAGACUAUUGUAUGCCUGAACCUUGAUUGAAUAGCAGUUUAGGCCUCAGUUAACCGUCACUAGGAGUUAACUCUCAAUUCUGAUGACUUAAAAGUGUGCACACACACAGAUGUGAGAGCAAAAUGAAUUCAGAUUGCCAUGCUGGCUAUUUUAGAUGUUACAGAGUAGUAAGAGAUGAACAUGUUUUCAGCCCUUUAAGAUUCUUGAAGACCAAAUAGCUACUCUACAUCAUUUAUGAGUGGAUUAAGAAGUUUAAGAUUUUGCAGAUUGACAUAUUUGAGUUCUUGUAUUUGAGCUGUCCUGGAGUUUUAGAAACGUCCCUUCAUACUUAGAUUUGAAGGUUUUAAGCACUAAUGUAACAUAUUCAUAAUCAUGGGUAAAUGUAAAGUGUCUUUUUCUGGUUACCCAUGGAUUCUGUUGUAUUCAGAUUCUUAUACUGUAAUUAAACAGGUUUAGAUCUGGCCACAUUUGGCAUAGAUUGGGCACUCACUUAACCUGUACCUCUCAAAACUUCAUAGACUAUUACCACAAAUACUUUUUCAUGAAAAUAUUAAGGUGCAAUUUUUUUUUACAUCACUAUUACCUAUUUCUGAAGAGUUGCUGGACCUGUUGGCACAUGCCUGUAAUCCCAGCACUUGGGAAACUGAGGCAGGAGGAUUGCCAUGAGUUCAAGGCCAGCCUGAACUGCAUAGCUACCUUGUCUUAGAAAAAUAAAAGUGCGGACUUAGUAUAGUCUUUGUGUAGCUCUGAAUUUUGGUGGCUAAUCAGAGUAUGUGUAUAUAAUUUGGAAAACCUUCAGAAUAAAUGUUGAGUGACAUUUCUUCCUCCUGCUACAUAAUUUGUAGCUUUUUUUUUUUUCUAAUCUUUUCAUAAUCUGUGCGGCAGUUUGAAUUUCCCAAAUAUUUAUGUUUGGACAGAAGACUCAUUACAUAUUUGAAUAUCAUAGUUGUAUAUAUUUUUAAAGUAGAACAAGUAAUGGAAAUUGAGUUGAUAUACAAGUUUAUACUGUACAAGAAUCUCAACUGGGUGAAGAUACAUUCUAAAAUAUUACUUUGCCAAUAAUUUAAAUGUCCUUUUUUUGAUAAAGAAACAUGACUUUUGGUUCACAAUUUUCAUCCAGGCUUGAUGAGACUCAGCUUUGAAAACACAAUAGACUGAGAAGCAGUUUUAUUCUUUGAAAGAUUUUGUUUAUAUACCGUCCAUUUCUUUGAUUUCAGUUUGUAAAUGUGUAGCAAUUAUAGUGAAAUGGAACAAAGCAGAACUUAUGAUUUGUUUCAGAAAUUAAUAUAUAAAUAAUUUACAAGGGGCUUUUCAUUUACUUUUGAAAAGAAAACAAUUUCUGUAAGACAUUGGUUGCACAGGAUUGCACUGAUCAUUUUCUUUUAGAAUAAAAACUCUUUCAGUAAA